AUGAGCAACUUCAAGAUUUGUGUGGAUUCAAUGGCGUUGCCUGCAAUAGAUUGGAAGAAGAAGGAGAAAAUGUCCUGGAAUUGGAAAUGUUUUUCACAGAAGAUUGAGAAUCUCAGAAAAUGUGAAAUGCUGACAAAACUCUAUCUUUACGGUAAUCGCAUCUCCAAAAUUGUCAAUUUAGACAACCUCAUUGACCUGCAGGUGCUCUGGCUGUGUGAAAAUAAAAUCUCAAAGAUUGAGAACUUGUCUUCAUUGAAAAAUUUGAAAGAUUUAAAUUUAGCUGAAAAUCAGAUCGUCAGAAUCGGUGAUAGUCUCAAUAAUAACAUUAAUUUGGAAAGACUUAAUCUAUCAGGUAAUAAAAUUGCAUUUCUAAAGGACAUGAACGACUUAUGCAAUUUACCAAAUUUGAACCAUUUAAGCUUCAAGGAUCCCUAUUAUGCACCCUGCCCAGUAUCAUUGCUGUGUAAUUAUUCUUCCUAUGCCCUUUUUUAUCUACCUCAACUGAUAUCUUUAGAUACAUAUAAUGUGAAUUCCAAGGAGAUUUCAGAGAUCGUAGAAAGUCUUGUCGAGAAAAAAAAAUUUUUUUACAAUGACCAAGUAAAGAGUUUGGAUUAUAAGAAGAGUUGCUGGUAUGAUGUUGCCAACCAACUCAAAGAAUACAUGUUGGUCAAAUAUCAUAACAAGAUGAAGCAGUUGGCAGAGGCCAUCAGAAAGGUUCAAAGCUCCUCUUUCACUGAAAUGGCCAGUCAAUCAAGCAAUUUCCCAAAUCUGGAAAAAACAGAAACUGAAACAAAUCCAGAAACAGAACUGGAAUUGCUCAAAUCCAAGCAUGCAACUCUGACUGAAAAUCUAAAGACUCUUCACGCAGCGUACUCAAAGUGUGAAUUGCAAUGUACCAGGAUUGAAAAAAGAAUUCGUCUAGCCAUUAAUUAUGUUGAGAAGAGAUACAAACGUCUUGUGAAUUAUCUUCAGUUGGAACUGGGCACCUGUGGAAAUAUUAGAAUUUCUCAGUGCUCAAAGAAUGAUCUCUGUUAUGAUUCCUGCUGCAAUGUGGUACUGUCCAAGUUUUGUCCUGUUGAUUUCCAGGCCUUCAACGUCACUGGGAUUGAAGUGCAGAACAUCUACAAAAUAGUCAACCGAACCCUUAUUAGGAGAUUUGAAGAUAAAAUGAUUGCCUUAAUACCCGACUCCAAUGAUGACUUCAGUUUCGUUAACAAGGUGAAUGAAUUAAAGAAAAACCAGGAUUACCUGUUUUGGAUUUACAACCCUGAGUUGCCGCCAGCCAUGAGUGACAUGGAAAUGAUUAUUGAAAAUGGAUUCCCUGCAUCACAUUUAUAUGAGAGACUGGGUAUGAAUGCUGCCAUCCCAUUGGCUAACAGUCUUUAUCUUGCUGAUCGCUGGCGGAUCCACCAAGAAUUCAUCUCAUCAAAUUUUGAGAAUCAACACGCCAAUGCCUGUUUUUUUAGACAUGGAAUUCUACUGAUGUGUCGUGUCUAUCUUGGAAGAAGUACUUCAGCUGUAAGCAAUAAAAUAAUCUGCCCAGAGACUUACACGGAUACUGAAUCAGUCUUCAAAACCAAAGCCAUGUUGAACCAACAUGCCGAGAUUCCUGAAGUCUUGGGCCAACAUUUUCCUUGUUCUUGCCUCAAAGACCAACAGGAAUGGUACAUCUUCAAUCAAGAAUACAUUGUUCCUGAAUAUAUUAUUGAGUUCAAAUACAUCACAAUGCCAACCAAUGAGAAUCCGUUCAUGUUAGUGGAUACAGGACAGAGCCAAAACGAAUUCGACAAACUCUUGGCUCAUUGUUCGUCUCCUUUGUAUGAAGUAGCUGAUCAAGAAUCAAUACAAAAAGGGAUUAAUCAAUUGGGAGAUAUGCCCAGAGACACCAACAUAAUGGCUGUAAUCCAUAACACUCCCAUUCCCGAACUGAUCACCCAUCUCAAUCUUAGUCAUCAGAAAUUGGAAGAUCUUCCGUUAUUGACAGCAAUGUAUUCAUUAAAUAGACUGGAAGUAAGUUUCAAUCUACUGACGAAACUCAACUUGGAUAAAAUGCCUUUAACAUAUUUGGAUGCCAGUUUCAAUAAUAUCUGCUCUUUAGAAGGCAUGAAGAAUUUGGUUUCACUGAAGUAUCUUGAUAUCAGUUGGAACAAGCUUUUCAAUAUCAAAGCCAAUUUAACUGUUCUCAAGGAGAACACACCAUUUAUUGAAGAACUUGAUACACGGCAAAAUCCAUGGCGAAAACCAGAAGACCUGAGAUUGCGUAUCAUCGGUCAGUUACCGAAUGUCAUGACCCUGAAUGGCUCUUCAAUCAUAGAGAGUGAGAGAGAUGCAGCUGAGAGCCUCUUGACUACCGACCUGAUAUGUGCAUCUUUACUGGAAACCCACAGCCAUGUUGAUCACUCUGAACCCCGCAUUCUCAGCAUAUGGAACAUGGCUCAGAUACUCACUUGUACCAGUUUGAACCGACCAGGAAUGUUGACUGAAGCUGAUCCAAUGUGUUUCUCAAAGAUAACAUCCGUAAAUCUUGACUAUUGUCAGUUAUCUGACUUGUCUUACCUUUGUAGACUUGAUCAGUUAAAAUGGAUUUCUCUCAACGGAAAUUACUUGACAACUUUAAAAGACCUGCAUACCUGUAGCCAACUUGAGGAGAUAUCAGCAUCUGAUAAUUGUAUUGAUCAUAUUGGAGACUUAUCUCACCUGAUCAACCUACAACGGUUACAUUUGGGCCACAAUUUUAUACAUACAUUGAAAGGGUGUGGACUUGAGCAGCUCUCACAUUUGACCUACCUCUCCCUAGAGAGCAACUUCAUCCAAAAUCUUGAUGGAUUCCAGGAAUUGUCAUCUUUGUGCCAGCUCUACAUUGGACACAACCAGAUUGUCUAUUCAGGGGAAGUAAUUCUUAUCAAAAACUUGAAGAAUCUCCUGAUUGUAGAUUUUAGAAACAACUCAAUGACAAAGGAAACUGUGAAUUAUAGACUUUAUGUCAUCUUUCACUUGAAAGGACUUCAGAUUCUGGACGGGGAAACUGUGGAUUCUACAGAAAUCAUCGAAGCUAAAGAUAUGUUUGGAGGACGGCUAACAUCAGACUUCAUCUCGGAACGUCUUCACGGAUGUACCAGUCAUGAUUUGAGAGAACUGAACUUACCAAAUUGUAGUUUACGAACUGUUGACUUGGGAAAUGGUGACAUCUAUGGAAAUUUGACAAGCAUCAAUUUGGAACAUAAUCACCUUACAUCUCUCGGAGGCUUGCUCUACUUACACAAUCUCAAGGUAUUAUGUCUGAAUAACAACAGAAUUGAGUCAAUAUUUCCUCGACAAAAGUGGGGAAAACAAAAAUCCAACCCAGCCAAUGGAGAUUCUGAAGACUCCCAUGAUGGAGACAUGGAUAAUGGUAACUGCAGAAUUCUCUUGAAACUUGAAGUUCUACAUCUUGGGUAUAACGAAAUCCGGAGCCUUCCACAGCUUCAGUUGCAUCGGCUGCCUUCUUUAAAGGCUUUAUUUCUACAAGGCAAUGAUAUCAGCAAGCUUGAAGGUCUGGAAGGCCUCAGAAAUUUGGUAGAACUUGUUUUGGAUGCUAACAAAGUGAAAACAAUUUCACCUUUAUCCUUUGUCCACCUUCACAACUUGACUGAACUUCACCUCGAAGAAAACAGACUUGUCAGCUUGGCAGGACUCAAUUCUCUUUCAAAACUUGAACGGCUGUACCUGGGCAGUAAUAAAAUUCAGGAAAUUGCUGAAUUUGAACACUUAACGUCUUUGAGUUGUUUAUCUGAUAUAUCCCUGAUAAACAACCCUGUGUCAAAAAAGAUGCAAAUGCGGUACAUCUUAAUUAACAACUUCCCACAACUGACAGCCAUUAACAACAUUGCAAUCACAGACGAAGACUGUAUAAAAGCAGAAGCAUUUAUGGCUGAACAAAUAAGACAGUCUAAUUCAGCCACAGCAAGCCAAGCUAUCAUGCUGGAUGGGGGUCUGCCAUGUAUUUCACAAUGUCAUCUUCAGGUCAGUUCGGUAAAGCCAACAACCAUAAGUCUCUGCUCUCCAGCCAUUGGCACGACAUCCAACUCUAUCACAGGACAAGACAGUCUUUAUACACACCAGAUAGACAAAUCCACCAAACACCCUUUACCUGGGAACCGUCUACUAUCGGUAACUUCAUCUGUUCUGCCAAAUGUCACUUUAUCCAAGAAUGGACCAAUGCCAAUAUCAGAUCAUCCGCCAGAGGCUUCAUAUGCAACUUUGCAAGAAUUUGGACAUUCUUUAUUAAAAACAAGAGAUCAUUCAAUGGGACAUCAUUAA